GUCCCAUCGACUUGUCCAAAAAAAAAAAAGCUUCCACUACUCAGCUCCACCCGCCUAGCAUCAUCACAAGCUCACCCGACCGACCAGCUAGCCCUUCCAAACGAAAAUUUAAGCCGUCCACGCGUGUUUCUGGGUUUUGGGCCACGAAGCCUGCUCGCAGUCUUCUCUCUUCCAACGCCACUGAGGGACCCCUCAACACCACACAGAAUGUUCUCGGCACGAAGUGUAGCGCGCAAUGCGCCGCGGACCCUUGCACGCCUUUCUUCAAUCGCCAGACCUGCCUCGGCCAGACACAGUGCUCUUCUGCGCGAUCAAUGCAGGACCCUCCGGCCGCAGGUCUCUGCCUUUUCGACCUCUCUGCUCCGACGGGCGGCUUCUGGGGUCGACAGUGAGCUGAGCGCGAAGCUGAGCAGCGAGAUCUCGUUCGAGGCUGAGAUGAAGGAGAGCGAGCAGCAACCAGCCAGCAUCAAGGACUUCCUAGACAACGGCCCCUUUGAGAUCCAGGACACUCCUGGCGCCCAGAACGUCGUGCUUACACGCACAUACAACAACGAGAAGAUCACCGUGACUUUCUCAAUCGCCGAUAUCGCAAACAUGGAGAACGAGAUGUUUGACGAGGACUCGGCCCUCGGCGACGAGGAGGGCGCACGCUCUCAAGAGAACGAGGAGAUUGACGAAGACGACGCCGACGCCGGCAACGAGCCCAACGUGACGUGCCGCCUGAACAUCGUCGUCGAGAAGCCCGGGAAGGGUGCCCUGAACAUCGACGCCAUCGCCCAGGAUGCCAGCAUCAUCGUCGAGAACAUGUACUACUACAACGACCCCGCCAUUGCCCACGCCGCGAACCCCGAGGCUGAGCACAAGGGCCGUGACAUUUACCCUGGCCCGCCAUUUGGCACCCUGGACGAGGACCUGCAGCUCCUGAUGGAGACCUACCUGGACGAGCGUGGAAUCAACUCUACUCUCGCUGUGUUUGUGCCCGACUACAUGGACGUCAAGGAGCAACGGGAGUAUCUGGCCUGGCUAAACAAUGUCAAGGGAUUCGUGGACGCCUGAGCCAUGGCACAAGGGCUGAGCGAGGCAUCUUUUGGCGCCUCGAAUGCAUGGUGACGGGCGGAUCAAGUCGCCCGUCUUUGAAUGAAUUUUCCACUCAUGAGAUGAUGUAUUAUAGGCAGUGGCCAGGGGCAAGGACAUCACUUCACAUCCGUGCCACUUCAUACCCCACAAAAAAAGGAUAGGAAUCAGCGUUAAUCAAGUCUCUGCGCGAAGUCAUUUUAGGAGAUACAACUAGGAGCCUCAUUGCAGAUGUUGAUAUGACUGAUGUGGGGAAGUACGAUAAAAUCAACGAGCAGUGAAACCCC